AUGCUUUCGGCAUUCACAGCUCGGCCGAUCAUAGAGCUUAAGCAACGGGAUAAGUCCAAAAUUGAGACAAUCCUCGCGCAUGGCCUCAACAGCGGAGCUCUUCGCAUCUACCGUCUCAACGAGCUACCGCCUCCGUCGCCGACCCAGGCCAAUGGCUCCUCUCAACCUACCACGGCGGGUUCGCAAGACGCAACCGAGACCAACACGACGACAGAACAGCCGAAGAAACCUACAGAUCUACUGCGCGAGGUAGAAAAGUUCUCGAACAGGGCGAUUGAGCAGCUCGCCGUAAUCAAAGAAGCCAACACUCUUGUCUCGUUGUCGAACUACUACGUAUCCCUCCACGACCUCGGAACCUAUGAGCCUCUAGAGACUCUAUCGCGAACGAAGAACGCCACCUGCUUUGCCGUCACAUCAAACAUCGUGAAAGAUGCAGCAACCGGAAUACCAGAGAUUAUAAGUCGCCUGGCGGUGGCUGUCCGUCGUCGAUUGCUACUAUGGAGCUGGCAUGAAAGCGAGCUGAGCGCCGACGUUGGGGAAGUGACAUUACCGGAAUCGAUACGAACCGUCACAUGGGCCAGCGCGACAAAGAUCGUAUGCGGAAUGAACGCGGGAUACGUUUUGGUCGACGUAGUCACCCAUGAGGUCGAGGAUAUCAACAGCCCAGGCUCUGCGGCAUCAGGCGGGCAGGCUAGUCGUUUCGGAGCGGUGAGCAGCGCUGGAAUGGGCUAUAUGGGCCUCGGAGGAUACAUGCCCAAGCCGCUCGCCGCGAAGCUUGCCGAAGGCGAGCUGCUGUUGGCCAAAGACAUCAACUCCAUGUUCAUUACGGACGAAGGAAAGCCGGUUGAAAAACGACAGAUUCCUUGGCAAGCUGCUCCUGAGCAGAUCGGUUACUCAUACCCAUACAUCCUGGCUUUGCAAGCUCCGUCAAAAGGCUCGCUUGAAGUCAGGAAUCCAGAGACGUUGCACCUGUUGCAGACCAUACCCCUUCCAGGGGCGGCGCAACUUCACUUUCCGCCACCUAAUGUCAGUCUCGCUCACGCGGGUAAGGGGUUCCAUAUCUCCAGCGACCGAUGUGUUUGGAAAAUGGGGGCUACCGACUACGACUCACAAAUCGACGAGCUGGUCGAAAAGGGCAAAUACGACGAGGCCGUCAGCAUCCUUAACAUGCUUGAGGACGCCCUCCUCCGAAACAAGAAGGAGACUCUCCGAGAGGUCAAAAUGCUCAAGGCUGAGAUGCUUUUCAAGCAAAAGAAGUUUUACGACUCCAUGGAUCUUUUCAAUGAAGACGAUGUUCACGCACCACCUGAGCGAGUUCUCAAGCUUUUCCCACCAUCCAUCGCCGGAGAGAUGUCUGGUUGGGCGCACGGAGCGCAACCGGAUGAAUCUGGUAGCGAUGAGAAAGAGAGUGAGGAGGAACCGCAGCAGAAAACAAAUGGAGACAAGCCCAAGGAAGAUGCAGCGGAAACACCCGCAUCCCCAGCAAAAGGAGGCGUUGGCUUUGCCAAGUUAUUCAUGGGUGCCCGCAAGACGGUGCAGCCAGAUGCUGCCUCGAUCAUAUCCAAGAAAGACACGAUAGAUGUCGAAGAGACUGGGAGCAUCAGAAGCAAAGCCACCGAGAACCUGCCGCUUGAGGGCGAGGAGCUCUUAGCUGCCGUCACAUCUUUAGCUGGUUAUCUUGUCGGGACAAGAACGCGAUUACAAAGGGUCAUCGACCCGAGCACCGGCAAGCUGAAGCGGACAGAUACCAAUGGCUCCAACGAAGAGACCAUGAAGAGCUUCAUGUCUGGCUCGCACGACGACGAAUCGGGGAGCCAGCUAGAGGGAGAGAUCCGGAGGACGUCGCGAAUUGUAGACACCGCUUUGUUCCGGACUUACAUGAUGACCAGGCCUGCUCUAGCUGGGCCCCUUUUCCGCCUCCCGAACUUUUGCGAUCCAGACGUGGUCAACGAAGCACUGCUUUCACACAGCCGAUACAACGAGCUGGUUGAUUUCUUCAGCGGCAAGAAGCUUCACUCUCAGGCACUUGAGCUUCUUAAGCGCUUUGGAACUGCCGAGACACCUGAUGAGGCUGCCCCGGGCUUGCAUGGGCCUCAAAGGACAGUCAUCUAUCUUCAGACACUGCCGCCGUCUGAGAUCGAUCUCAUCUUGCAAUACUCGGAAUGGACUCUGAGAGCGGAUCCCAAAUUGGCCAUGGAAGUGUUUAUCGCAGACUCUGAAAAUGCCGAGACAUUACCUCGUGGCCGGAUCGCUCGCUUCCUGGGCGGGAUCGAUCCAGGAUUGGAGGUGCAGUACCUGGAGCACAUCAUCUCCGAGCUUGACGAGUCAACUCCAGAUUUCCACAACCGUCUUGUCGAACUCUUUAUCAAGCAUUUGAAGGAGAAGAAACGCGACGAUGAAUGGGACGCAGAGAUGGAUCGUUUCGUGCAGUUCCUCAAGACAAGCAGCCAGUACAGCCUUAGCAAGGCGUUCAGCCUCAUCCCCCGCGACGAUCCUGCUUUCUACGAAGCUCAAGCCAUAGUGCUGAGCAACAUGGGCUCGCACAAGCAGGCACUGGAAAUCUACGUCUUUAAGAUGAAAAAUUACGCCAAAGCCGAAGAAGACUCUAGGCCUUCGUCACCAGACCAGUCACGACGCCCGUCAUCGGCGGAUGAUCCUGAGGAUUCGGCUCCAUCCAUUUACCACACCCUUCUUUCGCUGUAUUUGACCCCACCGUCACCCCACAAACCAGCACAUGACCCGGCUCUCGAGCUAUUGUCGAGGCACGGAUCGCGUCUACCGGCAGCAUCAACUCUCUCCCUGAUUCCCGACGACCUUCCUGUUCGCGAUCUCGAGUCAUACUUCCGUGGCAGAAUUCGGUCUGCUAACAGCGUCGUGAACGAGUCGCGCAUCGUAGCUCGGCUGAGAGACACGGAACUGGUAUCGACGCAAGCCCUCCUGCUCCUUGGCGACGGCAUCCCCGGCGGACAGGGCGGGCGCAACAGAAGGGUGACGAUUACUGAAGAGCGGCUAUGUGGCGCUUGCCACAAGAGACUGGGGCGAAGCGUGGUGUCGGUUCUUCCGGACAACAACGUGGUCCAUUAUGCGUGUUUUAACAAGGCAACGUCGCAGCGACCGCAGAGCUCUCGGGCAGGAAACUGGGCUCGAAGGUUUUCGUGA